AUCUGCAAAUAUUCUGAUAAUUUUCUGUCUCAUAAGCGAAAAUUCUUUUUAAGGAAUUUCGAUAUGAAAAUAAUUAAAAAAGAAAAGAUAAGAAAAAAGAAAAUUGCACAAUAGCAAUAAACCUUUUUAUAUUUGUAAUAGUUUUUAUAUGAAUCAUUUUUGCGUCAUUGAUUGAAAUUAUUAAAAAGAAAGGAAAAGAAAAAGAAAAGAAAAAACGAAUUUCAGACAAAAUUCUAACCUUUAAUUUAUUUUUAUGAUCAAUGACAAUAUAUUACUAAUCGAGCUUGUAUUAUAAUACGAUACGUACAUAAUAGAUAUGACAAUUAAAAUUGCAAUAAUUAAUGUAAAAUAUAAAAUUAUAAUAACUGAUAAAUCUAUCUUACGUUCUGGUGCUGUACUUGGUACGUCUGCCAUGUUGAGAAAUGUCAUAAAUACUGAACUAUUAUACGCGCGCUAAUCAAAAUGAGAGCAAUUACAGCCAUGGAGUAUUGUUGGUACAUCGAUGCCAUACAUGGAAUCAAAAAUUCCUAUCCAUGUAAGCGAUUACAGUCGUACACAUCAUUUAUUACCUUGGAGACCUAAUACAGGAUUUGAAAAUAUUGAAGUUAUACCAUUGACUAGAAAAUGUAUAUCAAAUUAUCCAUUGGAUGCAACCAGUGGUACUAUGCAUAAGCCAUUAAAGUUUCCUGAUUUAGUAACAGGAUGUCAUAGAGAUUCUGUGCAUACAUCUAAAGCAGCUCUUUAUACAAGAUAUACACCAAAUGAAUGGUUCCAAAAACAAAUUAAAUAUUAUAAUGAAGCAGAUUCUAAUAGACAUUUAUCAGAAAGAUUGAGAAAGGAUGCUUUAAGAAUAGUUAGGAAUGCAGAAGAGAAAAUACAAUAUGGGCAAUUAGAUACUGGAAGAAGAUUGGGUGAAAGAAUAAAUGAUGUAUCCUUUUGGCGAAAUGAAAUUGUUUCAGAAUUGGAAAGAUUACUACAAGAAAUAGAAAGACUUCAGGAUUGUCGUUCUGUUUUAGAUAAAGCAAUAAGAGAUAUUGAUGGACCAUUACAUAUUGCAGAAGAAUGUCUUUAUCAUAGAGAAGCAAGAAAAGGGACAGAACUUGUUCAUGAUGAAUCAGAAAAAUGUUUGCUGAAAGAAAUAGAAAACUUAAAAAAUUGUCAAAGAAAUUUAGAUGUAUGCCUAGAUAAAUGUAAAGAUCAGUUGCGAAAUUGUAGAGCCUCACAAAAUCAAUUAGAAUUAGAUUUGAAAAACAAAGAGAGUGCAUUAGGUAUAGAUAUGAUGUGUCAUCAAUUGAAUAAUUAUAGCCAUGGACUACAAUAUUACACUGGAAUUGAAAAAUAUGAUCCUUGUCUCUCAGAACAAGAAUGUUGGGCAGAGGCAGCAAAUCGCAUAAUACAAAAAUCACAACACGAAAGAAAUAUGUCUAAUCAGUUGCGAACAAGUGCAGAAGCUCUUAUAAAUAAAGUGGCUCAAGAAAUGUGGGAUUCAUGGAGUACUACAAAUAGUGCUUUGACACAUAGAUCUUCUGAAUUACUCGAAGCUAAAAAUAAACUGCAACAACAUUUACAAAAAGUACAACAGGAAAUAUUUGAUGUUGAAAAAAAUAUGGAAUUAAUGCGUAAAGCUAUUGCUGAUAAAAGUCAUGCCAUUAAAGUUGCACAUACGAGAUUAGAGGCCAGAAUGCAUCGUCCAGAUUUGGAAUUAUGUCGCGAUAAUGUUCACUCAAGCCUUCAAAAAGAAAUUGAUGAAAUAGAUCAUCAAGUAAAACGUAUGCAUAAAGCUUUGAAAGAACUUGAGGAUCAACAUCAAAGAUUGUUGAGAACAAGGACUGCAUUGGAACAUGAUCUAGCUCUUAAAAUAGAUGCAAUAUAUAUUGAUAGAGAAAAGGUUUGCGGCCUAAGACGUGCAUAUCCAGUUAAUGCAUUAUUUAGAUUUUAAUUAGUAGUAAUAUAUACAUAUUUAAAGCUUUAAGCACACACACAUAAUUAUUUGUAUAUAUAUAUAUAUAUAUAUAU